AUGCGCCAGCUCAGCGGCGGAAUCCAAGAAUACAUCGAAGCGCUCUCCUUUCAUCACUACCUGACGCACCAGACGCUCAUUACGAGGGACGAAGUCGCCGCGCACCUCCCUGCUGAGAUCAUCGUUACCGAGGAGGAUUAUGCGAUGGGGCUGUUUGAUUUGACGGGGGAGUUGAUGCGGUUUGCGGUUACGUCGCUUUCGGCCGGGGCGGGGGAUACACAGGGUCAUGCUGAAGGUGAAGGUGAAGGUGGUACUCAGGUCAAUCUGCCCCGGUUACCACCGGCGCAAGCUGGUGUCGUACGAGACCUAAGAGAGAUCCGGGCGUCGUUUGAGGGUAUAACGAUUCCGCGUCGGCAUAAUAACAACAUGUUCCGAGACUACGGGAAGAAGUCGGAGGUGAUGCAGAAUAGCGUCGAGAAGGUUGAGCGUGCGGCGUAUGGGAUUCUUGUCAGGGGGAGCGAAAGGCCUGCCGGGUGGAAGCCAGAUUUGUCGGCGGGGGUUGAGAUGGAUGUUUAUUGA